AAAAAAUUAAAAAAAAUCAAAAUCUUUUUGCAUGACUCAAGGAAAGAAUAAGAAAUUAGGAAAGAAGAAGGGAUAAAAGAAAACAAUUGACCCAUUAGCUAGAAAGGAAUGGUUUGAAUUAACAGCACCUGUACCCUUCAGUGCUGGUGGAUUUGGCUAUACUUGCAUUAAUAAAUCUGCAGGAACAGGUAUUUGAUUAUAUAUAAAGUUUUAAGUUGUGGCUACCGAAGCAAUUAAAGGAAGAGUGGUAGAAGCAUCUUUAGCUGACCUUUAAGGAUAAUCAGAUUAAAUGGCAUGGAGAAAAGUGAAAUUGAUUAUAGAUGAUGUUGAAGGUACAAGAUGUAGAACAUCCUUCUAUGGUCUUGAUUCAACAAAGGAUAAGAUCUUCGGUAUGAUUAAAAAGCGAUAAACUUUGAUUGAAGUAUUUUAGUUUAUCAUUCUUUUAGACUUAAGUUGAAGCCAGAUCUCAAGAUGGAUAUAUCCUCAGAAUCUUUGUUAUUGCAUUUACUAAGUCAAUUAAAAAUCAAUAAAGAAAAACAACAUAUGCUUAAAGAAGUCAAAUCAAAGAUAUCAGAAAGAAGAUCGUCGAAAUUGUCCUUAAGGAAGUCUCUAAAAAAUCAAUUACCUAAUUGCUUAACUUCUUCAAUCAAGAGACUCUUGCCAAAGAAAUUGGAAAAGCUACCAGAGCUAUUUUCCCAUUGUAAAACAUUACAUUGAGAAAAGUCAAAUUAGUCAAGAGACCCAAGGUUGAUGGUAUAUAUAGUAAAUUAAUUAAAUCUAGCUUAAAAAUUAAGAGAAUUUUAUGAUGAUUCUUAAAGAUCAAAGACAUCUUAAGUUAGAAGAAAAGGAUAAGCUGAAGAUUAAACUGCUCUUAAUCUUAUUAAAUAAGGAGAAAUUGACAAAGAAUAAGCAUAAGUCUAAUAAGAAUGAUAUAUUACAGUAUAAACAAUAGUACAUAUAUAAUAUUAACAAAUUAUUUAUU